UCCAGUGUUCAGAUGUUUUACUCUACCAAGUUGGUCACCGAAAUACAAUGAUGUCAAGUCGAUCAAUUGCGAACACGACACACAACACUGAAAAAAUGAUGAGGAUAUCGGGCUUAUCGGAAUGCACCGAAUACGCAGUUGACUUAAGAGUCCUCAAUGACAAAGAAUUUAAAAGUCCAUGGAGCGAAGCUAUUAACAUCACAACGUUACCAUCAGUGCCAAUUUUUGUAUCUACAAAUUCGACAAUUUUGGAAACGUCAUUUACAAUGAAGUGGCACACUCUUGCAUCAUGUAACAGUGGAACCGACCUUUUAUAUCACUAUCGCCUCAAUUACGUGAAAAGCAAUGACGAGUAUAGAAGUGGGAACACAUCAGAUACAGAAGUAGAAAUCACAAUCAGUGAUGAUGUUGAGCCAUGUACAGAAUUUAGUUUUCACGUUUCAGUCUCAUUUAUGGAAGUAAUAGGACAAGCAAGUUCCAUAAAACUUUCAACGGACGCCGAACUUCCGGGAGUUCCAGAGAUGAUAUCAGCAGAAUAUUCUGGUGGUAGUAUUAAUGUUGAAUGGCAUCCUCCUGUAAACAAUCAAUGUCCAGUCAGCUACACUGUUAUUUUAGUAUCUGGUAAUGUACAAAUCUCCAAGGUUACAGAAGAUACCCGAGUUACAUUUACGGCUGAAGAUGGAAUAUCUUCAGACAGGAACUACACUGUAAAGCUAGCAGCGAUGACGGCAAAAGGUAGGGGUUCUUACUUGGUCGUGAACGUGAAUAAGAUUAGUUCAGAAUGUUUAUCAGACACAUCAGCCGGAUCGUCAUCACAAGCUGCAAUAAUUGUCCUGGCCAUCCUCCUUGUGCUCUCAUUAUCUGUGAUAUCAACAUUACUCUGGAAAUUGAGGAAAUUUAAGCGACAAAAUAAAAGGGAAUCUGUAAACCAGCAACAAGAUGAUGAUGCGUAUUAUAUAAAUCAGUUUCCAAAAGUCAAUCAAACGAGUCAACAAAAUAAAACCGAGGACGCUUAUAUGGAUCUUGGGCCAACUGAGCAGGAUCGCAGGCAGGGUAUCUACACUGAUCUUGAAAAAACAUAUGAAGUGGUUGAUACAAAGCAAUAAAUUUGAUUACACGUAUUCAUAUUUUAUUCUCGUAUCAGUUUAUGUUUAGAAUAAUAAGACUGUUUCGUAAUCUUUCUUGUUAAGAUAUUGUUUUAUUUUUAUUUUAUUUUUUUUUUGUAUCCUAUGUCAUAUAAGGUAAUUUAAACCUCCAUAAAGCAAAUUUCCUUUUUUUUAUAUAUAUAUAUUUGACAGUAAUAUUUGAUGAAAAUAUAAGGAUGAAUUCCAUAGAGGCUUAUAGUAUUUUAGUGAUGAUAUUAUAUACUGUAAUAUUAUGUAUGCAUAUAUCACAUUUGGAUGUAAAAUGUUAUUCUGUUUAUGACUAUUUUAUGUCAGUUUAAUUUUAAGUAUGUAAAUCAACGUUUAUGGGUACUGUUGUUUUUUCAUUAUCUUGGAUUUAUGGGCUAAUGAAAAGUGGUCACAAUAAGCAUUUUAUUAUAUGAACCAUGAAAUGCUCGCCAUUUGGGCUGAAACCUAACAUGAAGCACUUUACAGCCCGUCACCGGCGCAAGUAGGAGAAGUUCUGAAUAGAUAGGGAACUAGAUAUUAGCGCUAUACAAACAUUUGAUUGGAUUGGAUUGGG